GUGACGUCAGACGCACGCGGGUUAUGAAAAGAGUUACGAAAGUUGUUUCCAGUCACGCGGGAUAAUGUCAUGCAGCCUUCUUAUUUCCCCGCAGGUGCUGUAGAGAUCCACACCGAAGCCUCUGUGCGCAGGCUACAUUCAGAGGAAUGAUGUUGGGAUCAGUGGUUGUUGGUAUAGGCAUCGCAGGAUGUGUGAGAAUGAGAGACUUGCUCGCUCCUCUGCCGUGCAGCACUGCUGAGAAGUUCAGCAUCAGAGGCUUUGUGUCCAGGAGGACUCUUGAAGAUCAGCAGGGUGUGAAGCAGAUCUCUAUGACGGAGGCGUUGAACAGAGAUGACAUCCAUGCAGCCUUCAUAUGCACUGAAAACACUAACCAUGAGGAGUACAUCAGACAGUUUCUGGAGGCGGGGAAGCACGUGUGUGUCGAGUAUCCCAUGACCCUCAGCUACACGUCUGCAGUGGAUCUGUGGAAUCUGGCUCAGCAGAAGGGCCUGGUGCUACAUGAAGAACAUAUCGAACUCUUCACUCCGGAUUUCAAACAGCUGAAAAAAGACAUAGCUGGGAAAACGCUGGAGGAGGGAACGCUGCACUUCACAGGUGGAUCCCUGAAGCCAAAUUUUGGGUUCCCGUCUUUCAGUGGUAUUGCCAGACUGACCUGGUUGGUUGAUCUUUUCGGGGAGCUCACAGUUACUGCAGCAUCUCUGGUGGAGGAGAAAGAGAACAAAUGCAUGAAGAUGACAGCACACUUACUGACCCGACAACAGAAACCUCUAACUUGGAUUGAAGAGCGGGGUCCAGGACUGGGCAGAGCCAAACACAUACACCUUCGCUUCCAGGACGCCAGCAUCACGGAGCUUCCUGCAGGUCAGCGGGAGCCGGUGGGGCUGUUCAUGCAGGAUCUGGUGCUGUUCGGCCGGAAGCUGCAGGGUGAAGUGUCUGCUGCGGAGCUCCAGGAGGAGAGGAGCAGGAUCUUACACUGUCUGCAGCUGGCAGACCGCAUCCAACAGCUCAGUGAAAGCACUCAGGCCUGAAGCUGAAGCUGUCCACACUGCAGGCUCACACCAUAACCCAUAUAGACUGUGGUGUAGAGACCGAGUAGAGUGGAAGAUAAUAUAAUUCAAUAUAUAGAUUCAUUUCCAUUUGAGUUUUUUUUUAACAGUGAAAAUAAGUUUGCUGAUCAGUUGCUGUUUGUGGUAGCUUGUUACCGCAUAGGGGAAGAAAAAAAAAUUGCGACUUUUUAUUUCACAAUUCUGAGUCGGAUGAAAGUCUGAAUUGUGAGAUAAAAAGAUUUGGCUCAUCUUUGGGUUUUUAUCCCUUGGUGGAAAUCAGCUUUCAUAGCAUUUCAGCUCUGAAAAGGACAACAACAACAAAAAAACCCAUGAAAGUAUGACUUCCCAAAAAUGACUAAAUUAUAAUCUCUUUGCCCUUUUUAGACCUUGACAGAUAUUUUUGGUGAAAAAUGUAUUUUUUUUCAGUCUUGAAAUUGCAGUUAUUAAAAAAGGCAAUGUAAUAGUUUCAGCAUAAGAUCAGAAGUUUAAAGUUUUACAUUUUGAUUUGGAAAUGUAACUAAUAGUUCUGUGUUUAACUAGUAGGUCGCAUUAGGAUAUGCAGUAACAGCACAUUCCUUUAUUGUAACUCAUAACUGGUUAUUACCAUAACAUUUUAUUAUUUAGCAGAAAGGGACGAUUCUAGCUGACUACUUGUUUUUUUUAAGUUUUGUAAAUCAGUAUUUAGUAUGUGACUGAUACAAUGAGUCUUGUUUUAGUACAUUACAUCUGCACUAAAGUUCAAUACCCAUUUCAGACAGAUGAACCUGCGAUGAUUUCAGUCUCUGGUGUUCAUACAGGCUGGAGCAUUGCAAAACAUUGUGCACUUUUGUUUGGUUUGAUAUUGUCAUUCUUAUAUUUGUUGAAUAUUAAUAUAGAAUAUUACUUAAAUAUGAGUGUGAAAACUGUGUAUUAAGUGUGAAAACUGGAUGAGAUCUGUAAGCAUUCAUACAUACUUUGAGCAAAAUCAAAGAUUCUCUUAUAAUUCAUGCUGUGGUAGAAGUUUUUUUUUUAAUCUGAUAAUUUUUGUCUCUGGGAAAUCACUGAAUGGAGCAUAAAUGCACAUAUCAUUGUCAGAGAAACAUACAGAGAGAAAGAAAUGUUUUGCUUCAUUUGUCUUCACGUUUACAUGUUUGUGUUUCCAGUUAAAAAAUAAAUUGUGCCUGCUUUCUGGAAUUUGUUUUGUGCAGUGGAAGCCACACAUCAACACAAGUGCAUUUCAGAAGUCUGAUAAUCUGAGUGAACUCUUGCAUCUAUACUUUUUUUUGGCAUUGUGAUAUUUUAAGCAUGGUCCCAAAUCAUCACAAUAAAAGUCAUCCUUUCCAUAAACGACUUAAUUUCAGAUAUAGCACUACUAGCAUA